UAAUAAUCUCGGUAGAAGCCCAGAGACCGCAGAGAGUGCUGUCGGUUCUACAGCGGCAACUAUGACAGGGGAUAACUUUACAAGCUGAGCCGGGCUGUUUGACAGCCGCAGUCGCAUUCUAAGUGGAGUCUAAACAGACCUGUGGACGCCGACAAGCCGCUGGACGGUCUGCGCUUGUGGAAAAAUAACUGCUGGCGGACGGUUUUUGGAAACACGACAGCGGCAGGGCACCGAACAGGGCGGGUGUGAGUGCUUCGGCGGCGGUUCCGCUGCUAGCUAAACAUGAACAAAAACCACCAAGUGCCGAGCAGCCGUUCUCUGAAUGCCGUAGAGGUGAAGAGCAAGUUUGGUGCAGAGUUUCGUCGGUUCUCGUUGGAUCGGUCGAAGCCAGGCCGUUUUGAUGAGUUCUACGGUCUCCUGCAACAUGUGCAUCGCAUCCCCAAUGUGGAGUUGUUGGUGGGUUAUGCUGAUGUGCAUGGUGACCUGCUGCCCAUCAACAAUGAUGACAACUACCACAAGGCAAUCUCCACUGCCAGCCCUCUACUGAGGCUGUUCCUGCAGAGGAAAGAGGAAGCUGAUUAUACAACAUUUGGUACAGAUUCGCUGACCAGAAAGAAGAACACAGGGCUUUCAGCAGUUCUUCUGAGACCUGACACUAACAAGAAAAAGCCGCUGGUGAUCAUCAGUCUUCCUAGAGACUUCCGCCCAGUGUCUUCCAUCAUCGAUGUGGACAUCCUUCCAGAGACACACAGACGUGUUCGCCUUUACAAGCAUGGUCAGGAGAAGCCAUUGGGUUUUUACAUCCGUGAUGGCUCCAGCGUACGGGUCACCACACAGGGUCUCGAGAAAGUCCCGGGCAUAUUUAUCUCUCGCUUAGUGCCUGGUGGGCUGGCUCAGAGCACCGGCCUGCUGGCAGUUAACGAUGAGGUGCUGGAGGUGAAUGGUAUUGAGGUGGCUGGCAAGUCUCUGGACCAAGUGACCGACAUGAUGAUUGCCAACAGUCACAACCUUAUCAUCACUGUGAAGCCUGCCAAUCAGCGGAACAAUGUUGUUCGCAGUGUAGGAGGGGGAGGAGGCGGCGGCGCUGCAUCUGGUAGUUCAGGACGCUCAUCAGACAGUGGCGCUAGCUGCUAUGGGUACUCCUCACACGGCGCCGCAUCCUCCAUGCCAUCGCACAUCAUCCAGAACUUCCCUGUUGGGGAGCUUGAUAGUGACGAAGAUGAUGAGGACCUGGUGAUCGAGACAGGAGGCGAGGCUGAGCCCAUCAGGAGUGCCCCCUCCAAUUACAGCACACCCUUACUGCCUCGCUAUGAACCACAUCUCAACCUCCGCUCCACCUCUGCCUUCUCCAUCAGCGCCAAUGGGACCCUGCCUGCCAGCGGUAGCAGCGAAUUGCUAAGCGACACCAAUGCCAAUUCAUCCACGCCAUCCCCAGACAGAGCAAAGGAGAGGCGGAGUCUGGAAGAGGAUGGUACUGUCAUUACACUGUAAAUUGGGAAUCACUGGAAAAUAAAAAAGACAAAUAUUCAAGUACUUCAGCAUCCUCUGGGGGUGUUUGGGAAGUCAUGGACCAACAAAUCUAACGCAUUCAGUCCCAUCAAACUGCAGUUGUACCUGAGAAGCACAAAGAAUCUCAGCAUUACAGUGACACCUAAAUGUUUCUACAUCUCAACACUUGCAGGUCAAACUAAACCCCAUGCUUUACUUUUCUACAUGCCAAUGAUCAUGCAUGCGUGCCAUAGCGAUAACCCACCCCACCCCAACUUUUUUAGGCAGAGAAAGAACACAUGAAGUUUAAUUUGAUGUCCAGCUGCCCUCCAAAUAUAAUGCUAAACCACUAGAAGCACUCAUUUCUAGCCCCUCAGCUGGUAAUGUGCACUUCCAUGAGAGAGCAGAGAUGAGACAUCCCAGCCUCCCUCCUGGGUCUCAUAAGUUUGUGUUAACAGCUUUAACCCAUCCCAUAAAAAACACACUUUUUGCUCAAGCAUUAGUAAUGAUCCCUGGCUCUUUAUUGCCUCUAAGCCACACAGCCCAUUGGCCUUCUCCUUCUUAAGAGUCACAGGAUGCGAGGCAGUGUGAUGACCUUUGACUGUAGUGAUAUUGUAGUUUUUACCUGAGGGAAAGGCUCCUUUUAAAAAGAAAAAAACCAACAAAUCUGGGUUGUGUAUUUGAAUAAUUUUAACCACUGCUUUAUCCACGUUCCUCUCUUUGCCUCACUGUCGUAACAGCUGAUAAAAGAAAUGAUGAUUUUGAUGAAGCUUUGAGACAGCAUGUCCUGUAAGAAUCUAUUUUACCAUCAAGCCUAUAUUUUUAUAACAUUGUUUUUUCUUUAUUCUUUCAUUAUUAGCCUGAAUAUUACUAGCUGACAGGUUGUUUUUCAUACCUUGCCAUAGGACAUUAUUAAAUUAUUCUCUUUGUAUUUCUUUCAUAUUGCACUUCCUUUUUCUUUCAUGACAAGGGCUAUUUCCCCCUGCUGCAUGUGUAUAAAUGAAAAAAAUGUGAUCUUCAUUGUUUUUUUUUCUCCCUCUCAGUUCUUACUGGACCAUGAUUGAAUAUAUGUAAUUUGUUUUCUGUACACGACUUUCCCUUUUGUUUUGUUGACUGAGAUCUUUAUAUAUGAAGUGUUGUCUCAAUCAUCUGCAAUAUAUACUUCUGGUAUUUUAAUUCUUACUGAAUUCCGUAAUCUGUUCAGAUUAACUAUAUAUAAUACUACAGCUGGUGCAAAAAAGGCCACAAUUAACUGUGUUGUAAUGCUAUUGGGAAAUACAGAAGUGAGAUACGAUGACUGACUCACAUGCAGGGAAUAAACUGACAGACUUUCUGUAUUUGUUAAAGGUGAGGCAGGUCUGCCUUUGUGUGCAGCUUGCCUCAUCCUACCUGUAUUUAUUGUUUCUACUGAAGUUGAGCAUCCCAAAAACUAAAACCUGAUUGGUGGUCCAAGUUAUAUUUCCUCAGAAUUCACCACCACCUCCUGUCUGAAACAUUGCAGUUCUGGAUACACUUUGCUUAGUAAUUUUUCCUGAUGUAAUUUCAAUGGUAGGCUGAGGAAGUACCCUCAGAUUAAUCAUGAUCAGUAACGUUUAUUUGGAGCAUUCUGUAUAUCCGUUACUGCUGCAUGCUGCUGCUAACUGCUGCUCUGAAGUGAGAGCAGAUGGUCUAUUAUUUCUCCUAUUGAUUUUUAGCAUUAGGUCUCCUGUUAAGUGCUAAGCCUCACUUUAGUAUGGGUCUUUACUUGUGUAUUAAAAAAAAGGUAUACAUAUAGUCACUUUCAAGUGAUGUUAUCAGCUUCAUCCGAGUCUACGUUGACUUUUUCAUGGAGAUCACUAUCAUGCUAAUGUUAAUUAUUUGUAGCUGUGUUUUUUUUUUUUUUUUUUUUUGUUUGAUGAGCCUUUUAGACCCUGAAAAUCUACGACUGGAAGCCAGUACUCUAUUGUACUUUAAGCUGCGUGUAUUAGGUACUAUUUUUUGGCCUUUAUGGUACAGCAAAUGCUGGUGAGGUUCUGUCUUAUUUUUAUUCCAAACUUUAAUCAGUGAUACUCUGAAUGGAAAUCUGUCAGUAAUCAUUGUUAAUUUAUUUUCUAUAUAUCUAACUUUACCACAGGACACUGGGAUUGUAACCACAUCAACGUUUUUAUUUAUUCUCUAAUCUUGUGUGGGUAUAUUUUUUUCUUUGUACACCUUUUAUGACUAUUUUUUAUAACAGAUACUUUUGUGUAUUCAUGAUUGUCAUUUUGUUAAAAUAAAGAGAACUCAAGUUAUGGUAGAUUUAUUACCCAUAGAGAUCAUUUCAGUAGGUGAUUUUACUGUUCUGGCUAUAGUAUCAGAAAAAUAUGUUAUGAUAUAUCAUUACUUUUCUUUUCAUACUGUGAAUUAUUAUUUGGGGGGAGAAACAGUUCUAUUUACACAACCUUAAGAACAGGUAAAUGUCUUGCUUUGAGUAAAAUGUUUUAAUUUUGUUUGGUUUUUUAGUGAUCAAGCAGUGAUUUUUUGCUUUCCAGAUAAAAUCCUAUGGUAUAGAUUUGUAAUGAGGAACGUCAGUAUUUUCUAAUCAGUGCGUUAUAUAAUGUAUGUUUUUUAUCUCAUUAAAUGAAAAUGUUUUAAGAUUCAACUGCAGAUGUAUGAAUAAAUAGACAUGCCUGUUAAUGCUGAUUGGCAGAGCUGGAUUAAAUAAACUAAUAUGUAGCAAUAA